UUAAUUUGGGAUUAUCCUCAAAUAAUCUCACAGGUCAAAUCCCUACUAUAAUUGGAAACUUGAGAAAUUUGAUGACCCUUUAUCUCUUUGGGAACCAACUUUCAGGCCAUAUUCCUCAAGAAAUUGGGUUGUUAACAGCUCUUACUGAUUUACAAUUGAGUUCAAAUGAUCUAACAGGUCAAAUCCCUACUUCAAUCGGAAACUUGCAAAAUUUAACAAUCCUUUAUCUAUGGGGGAAUAAACUUUCAGGCCAUAUUCCUCAAGAAAUUGGGAUGUUAAAGUCUCUUGUUAAUUUGGGAUUAUCCUCAAAUAAUCUCACAGGUCAAAUCCCUACUAUAAUUGGAAACUUGAGAAAUUUGAUGACCCUUUAUCUCUUUGGGAACCAACUUUCAGGCCAUAUUCCUCAAGAAAUUGGGUUGUUAACAUCUCUUACUGAUUUACAAUUGAGUUCAAAUGAUCUAACAGGUCAAAUCCCUACUUCAAUCGGAAACUUGCAAAAUUUAACAAUCCUUUAUCUAUGGGGGAAUAAACUUUCAGGCCAUAUUCCUCAAGAAAUUGGGAUGUUAAAGUCUCUUACUGAUUUACAAUUGAGUACAAAUGAUUUCACUGGUCAAAUCCCAACUUCAAUUGGGAACUUGCAAGUUUUAACAACUCUAUAUCUCACUAGAAACCAACUUUCAGGCAACAUUCCCCAAGAAAUUGGACGGUUAACGUCUCUUGUUAAUUUGGGAUUGGGUUCAAAUGAUCUCACAGGUCAAAUCCCUACUUCAAUCGGAAACUUGCAAAAUUUAACAACCCUUUAUCUAUGGGGGAAUAAACUUUCAGGCCAUAUUCCUCAAGAAAUUGGGAUGUUAAAGUCUCUUGUUAAUUUGGGAUUAUCCUCAAAUAAUCUCACAGGUCAAAUCCCUACUAUAAUUGGGAACUUGAGAAAUUUGAUGACCCUUUAUCUCUUUGGGAACCAACUUUCAGGCUACAUUCCUGAAGAAAUUGGAUUGUUAAAAUCUCUUGUUGAAUUAGAUUUAUCUGAAAAUGAUCUAUGUGGUCAAAUUCCUACUUCAAUGAGGAGCUUGAAAAAUUUAACAACGCUUAUAGUAUGGGGAAACCAACUUUCAGGCCAUAUUCUUUCAGUAUUCAGUAAUCUUACUAGCCUAUCUAUAUUAGACUUAUCUUAUAAUCACUUCAUCGGUCAGUUGCCUGAGAAUUUAUGCCUUGGCCAUUCACUAAAGCGGCUUCUUGUGAAAAAUAAUAAUUUCGUAGGAAAUAUUCCUGUAACUCUGAAAAAUUGCACAUCUCUUUUCAGAGUACUACUUCAAAAUAACAAAUUCUCAGGAGACAUAUUUGAAGCUUUUGGAGAAUAUCCGAACUUAAAUUAUAUUGAUUUGAGCAACAAUUCUUUCUAUGGUCAGUUAUCUUCUAAUUGGGGAAAUUGUCCAAAACUUUCUGCUUUGAAGAUUUCAAACAACAAAAUUUCUGGAAAACUUCCAACAAACCUAUACAAUGCAUCCCAACUUGUUUUGCUUGAUCUCUCAUCAAAUCAAUUAGUUGGAAUGAUUCCCAAGAGUUUGGAAAAGUUGGUACGGUUAACUAUUCUUAAGCUAGAUACAAACAAAUUUUCUGGCAACAUAUCACUUGAAAUUGGGAAAUUAUCUGGGCUUUCAAUCUUCAGCAUAGCUGCAAAUAGUUUUGUUGGUUUGAUUCCAGAGCACUUUGAAAGUUGUCAAGGGUUAAUAGACUUGAACUUGAGCAGAAAUAUGUUUGUUGGCAAUAUUCCUUAUGGUAUGGGAAACAUGAAAUUGCUUGAAAGCCUUGACCUCAGUCACAACACACUCUCAGGUCAAAUACCACAACAAUUUGAAGGACUUACAUCUUUACAGAUCAUGAACCUAUCUCAUAAUAAUCUAUCGGGAUAUAUUCCUUCAAGCAUAGCCCAGUGUUUAGGUUUAUUAUCUGUUGAUGUAUCAUACAAUCAAUUGGAAGGUCCCAUCCCAAAUAAUAAAGCAUUUUUGGAAGCUCCGUAUGAUGCCUUGAGAAAUAAUAAAGGUCUUUGCGGGAACCAUUCUGGCUUCAAGCCUUGCUCCUCAAACAAUCAAAGAGAUCAUCAUCAAAGAAGGAAUUUGCUCUUAAUCAUACUAUUAACACUUGGAGGUUUGUUUAUGAUUAUUAGCAUUGUUGUCCUAUUAAUUAUUCGAUCAAGGAGCCAUAUUAGAGAAAAGCCAAGGGCAAUUACUAAUAAAGAUGUGUUGGCAAUAUUAGAUUUUGACGGAAAGAUAGCAUAUGAAAGCAUCAUUGAGGUAAUUGGAAACUUUGAUUCAAUAUAUUGUAUUGGUGAAGGAGGACAUGCAAGUGUUUAUAGGGCUGAGCUACCCAGUGGCCAAAUUGUUGCUAUAAAGAGGUUUAAUGCGAUUGGGCAAGAAGACAAACGAUGCGAACUCAAAAGUUUUUCAAAUGAGGUUCGUACUUUAACCGAGGUUAGACAUCGAAAUAUUGUGAAACUGUAUGGUUUUUGUGCUAGUGAGAGAAAUUCAUUCUUAAUUUAUGAGUACUUAGAAGGGGGAAGCCUAGCACACAUAUUAAAUGAUAGUGAAAAGGCCAUGGAAUUAGGGUGGAUGAAGAGGGUAAAUGUGGUUAAAGAUGUGGCUAAAGCUUUAUCAUAUAUUCACCAUGAUUGUUUACCACCUAUUGUACAUCGGGAUAUAUCAGCUAAGAAUGUUCUGUUUGAUUCUGAAUAUGAAGCUCACGUGUCUGAUUUCGGCACAGCAAGAAUACUGAGUCUUCAUUCAUCAAAUUGGACUUCAUUUGCAGGAACAUUUGGCUAUGCAGCUCCAGAGUUUGCUUAUACUAUGGAAGUUACGGAAAAAUGUGAUGUGUAUAGCUUUGGAGUACUAGCAUUAGAAGUGAUUAUGGGUAAACAUCCAGGUGACCUCAUUACGUCCAUUUUUUCAUCAUCCCCAAUCUCAACCGCCCAUGGAACACUACUUUUAAGAGAUGUGUUGGAUUCUCGGCUCUUUACUCCAACAAAGCAAGAAGCGGAAGAGUUGAUUUUGGUUGCGAAGAUAGCUGUUGCAUGUUUAAAUAUGAAUCCACAAUGUCGGCCAAGCAUGCAACAGGUUUCUGUGUUGCUAAGCAAAGAAAGGCGAUAUUCCUCCUCAAAUUCACUUCCACAAAUCACAAUAAGACAAUUGUUCGGUCUUGAAUUUCCUACUCCCUAGAGGUGGUAUGUUGAAGAAGUCUUAUUCAUGCGAGUCCGGGCCCACAUCAGCGCAGAUGCAUGGAAUGUUUUUACAAGUUUUAUUGGACUCUCAACUCUCUCCAACAAGGCUGCAGGAAGCUAGCGGAAGAAUUGAUUUUUGUUGCCAAUGAAGAUAGCAAUUGCCUGGCCGCCCUGUUUAAAUAUCAAUCUACUUUGCAGACAUUUGCAGAAUUGCAGACACAGCCAACCAGUUGAAGAAAGAUAACACCACCCCCCGCCCGGCCCGGCCCACAUACACCAAUAAAAAAAAAAAAGUGGCUAGCUAGGCAAUCAACCCUCCAUAUCAGUGGUGAAGUAGAGAUCAUCAGAAGCUUAGUUUGCUGAGGGAAGCUAAGAUGUAGAUCGAGAAUUAUAUUAGCCAUGUUCAGUAAAUGGCCGUUAGUUUAUUAUAGAAAUGUGUUGUUUGGUAUAAUUUCUUUUCUCAAAAAAUUAAUCGAAAAAGUUGUUUUAAACAACUUUUUAAAUUUUAGCAUUUUAAAAUAUAAAAAAUUGAUUAAUCAUACUGAUAGACUAACUAUUUACCAAACAUGGCCAUUAUACAUUACUGAAUCGCUUAGCUUAGCUUGUUGUUGGGAUCAGAUUAGGUGGAGCCAUCUCCGUCCUCGGUAUCGUCCCUGCUUACUUUCACUGUUUUAGAGGUUUCAAUAUGAAGCUCAAUGUGUAUGAUUUUGGCAUGGCAAGAAUAUUGAGUCUUAAUUCAUCAAAUUGGACUUCAUUUGCACGAACAUUUGGUUAUGCUGCUCCAGAAUUUGCUUAUACUAUAGAGGCCACCGAAAAAUGUGAUGUGUAUAACUUUUGAGUGCUGGCACUAGAAAUGAUUAUGGGUAAACAUCCAGAAGCACCAGUUCGAUCAUCAAUAACUACGGCAUCAAGAACUUACGUUUGAGAUCUCUGCCUGGUUAUCCCCACUCUUUAACAAUGUCAUCAGGCAAGGCAAUCAACCCUCCAUGCCAGUGAUGAAGUAGAGAAGCUUUUGCUAGCUGAGGGAUCGAAGAUGCGGAUUCAGAAUUAUACAUUACUGAAUUGCUUAGCUUCUUGUUGGGAUCAGAUUUGGUACGGUGGAGCCAUCUCCGUCGGUAUCGACCAUGUUUGUUUUCACUGUUUUAGAGGUCUCAGUAUGGCACAUGUCUUGUUCAAUUGGAGAUCAGAAGCAUUGUCAACAACAAUGGCAUCAACAACUUACUCCUUGUUUGAGAUCUCGAAACAUUUUCAUUCUCAUCCCUAAAAACUUAGCCAGUUUCCUUUGAGUAUAUACAAAUAUACUCAACUACAUACCACAUUUACCUAAUGGCCGUUAGAAUUAUGCAUGUAAUACCUUAGGCAUCGGUGAACAACAUGGACUUAUAGUACAUAGAAGCACGCAAGCUACCAAAGUCAAAAGUUUUAGCAAGACCAUACCUGGUUGAGAAAGCAUUAAGUUGCAUGAAUGGUUCAGCAGAACUUACAGCAUCAUCGUUCUCCGGCCUGUGCUGCUGCAUGUCUUGUGGCCUCAUUCUUAAUGUGAAAAUGUUGUACCUUUGCAAUCCAUAGAAUGUUCUUUUUGAUCAUCCUGUAUGUUUCCAGUUUCGACAAACAAUAUAUAUGCAUUCUUUUUUACUUAUUA